AUGUGGGAUGUCAAUAUCAUCGAAUACAACUAUCAUUCCUCCUACAGACUCAUAUUUCAAAUUCCAACUUUCAUCAUGUCGAUUCCCGAGACCCAAUGGGCGCAGGUGGCCGAGAAGAUCGGAGGCCCGCUGGUGCUCAAGCAGAUACCCGUCCCAAAGCCAGCCCCUGACCAGAUCCUGGUCAAGAUCCGCUACUCUGGCGUUUGCCACACCGAUUUCCACGCUAUGAUGGGUCACUGGCCCAUUCCAGUCAAGAUGCCAUUGGUUGGUGGCCAUGAAGGAGCAGGAGUGGUUGUGGCCAAGGGAGACCUCGUUAGCACAUUUGAGAUCGGUGACCAUGCUGGUAUCAAGUGGCUCAAUGGCUCAUGCUCCGAGUGCGAAUUCUGCAGACAAUCCGAUACUCCCCUAUGUGCUGAUGCGCAACUCUCUGGGUACACCGUCGAUGGUACUUUCCAGCAGUACGCUGUUGGAAAGGCUACACAUGCUGCAAAGAUCCCUAAGGGAGUUCCGCUUGACGCCGCAGCUCCAGUUCUGUGCGCCGGAAUUACGGUUUAUAAGGGUCUGAAGGAGUCGGGCGUUCGCCCUGGCCAGACAGUUGCUAUUGUCGGUGCCGGUGGUGGCCUUGGAUCCUUGGCCCAGCAGUAUGCUAAGGCGAUGGGUCUGAGAGUUAUUGCUAUUGAUGGAGGAGAUGAGAAGAGAAUCAUGUGCGAAGAACUCGGCACUGAGACAUACGUCGAUUUCACAAAGUCCAAGGAUCUGGUCGCUGACGUUAAAGCGGCGACUCCUGGUGGCCUUGGAGCCCACGCGGUGAUUCUACUGGCAGUUUCAGAGAAGCCUUUCCAGCAAGCUUCAGAAUAUGUUCGUUCUCGUGGCACAAUUGUUGCAAUUGGACUUCCACCAGACGCCUUCCUCAAAGCUCCUGUGAUCAAUACUGUUGUUCGCAUGAUCACAAUCAAGGGAAGUUACGUCGGCAACCAACAGGAUGGCGUGGAAGCCCUUGACUUCUUCGCUCGCGGCCUGAUCAAAGCUCCAUUCAAGCUGGCUCCUUUGGAAGAUCUCCCAAAGAUCUUUGAGCUCAUGGAACAAGGCAAGAUUGCUGGCCGCUAUGUUCUGGAACUACCAGAAUAG